AUGGCCAACUGCACCUUCUGCAUCAUCACCGCGUCCCUCACCGAGGCCCAAACCGAGUUCCACGCCGCGGUCGCCAGCUUGGCCCGUUUCGACCAGGAAUGCGUCACAGCCAUCCAGAGGCGCCACUGGCACCGCGAGGACCUUGCCGAGCUCCGUGCAAAGUACUUUGCUAGCUUUAUUGACUAUGUCGAGUCCAAGGAGUCAGACAAGAUCCAGACCAAGAUCAACUCUCUUGAAACUAGGCUCAACGCCGACAAGGAGGAGAUCCGCAAGACUGAGGGAUACGCGACGACCGCCAUCAAGGCCGUGUACGGCCUGCGUAACAAGAUCUACAACAUCCGCAAAGACCUCAUCAAGUGCAAGGGAUGCACUUGCCUCGUCAAGAGCAUCAUCAAGGGAAAGCCUAGCCGCCAGGCUCCAUCGUAA